AUGUCGAGCACCCUGGAGAAGAAGAUCAUGAACCUGGAGGAGCGGCUGCGGGCGGAGAACGAGUCGCGGGACCGGGACAGGCAGGUCGGCGGCGGCGGUGGCGGCGAGGCCGGCGGCCCGGGCGGCGUCGGCCUGCACUCCUCGUCUUCGUCGUCGUCGUCCUCGGCGACGGCGGGCCCCGCGUCCAGCCCCGCGCUCCGCAGGCCCCGGCAACGUAAGCAGCCCGCCACUGGUGGCACGCGUGCGAGUCCGCCCGGGGAUCCUCCGCUUCCCGGGUCGAUACGAUCCCCGUCCUGCCCCGGCGAUGCGUGGUCGCGUUCGCGCGCGCGUACAGGUUAUGUUGACCGUGUCGCGGCUGUUGAUCGAUCCCACCGCGGUUGA